AUGGAUAUGUUUGCGUCCAUAUUUGCUGCAAAUUAUGCUUUUUAUAGCAACAUGCAGGGUCGAAGACCGAUUUUCUAUGCUCCAGUAGCCUGCCAUCCUUCACAAGUUCGACAAUUCUUAUCUUCACAAAAUUCAUCAAAUUUUCGAGGACCUACGGAUUUGACAUCCAUGAACUUUUCGAGACCUUCAGAACAAAGAAAUGAUUCCGAAGGAGGCACAACAAAUCAUAAAAAUACCGAACCUGAUGUGAAGUUUUCUAUCGAUAGAAUACUGAAUGAAAGACGAGAAGAUCCAGAAACUGAUGAAGACGACAUUGGUGAAAGAAACAUAGACGAAGCAUCUCAGGUAACAGAUCCACAAUCGCCAGACUCGAGUAAACAAUACCCUUGGUUACAAUGUACACGAUACAAACCUCCAAAACUACCAAGGAUACAGAAAAAAGAAGUAACGAAGAAACGAAAGCUUGGAAGAAACCCACGCGUCCCUUUUACACAACACCAAGUUGCAGCACUCGAGCAGAAAUUCCGCCAAACACACUACUUGAGUAGCAUGGAUGUUGCUGAACUUUCUACUGCACUCACUCUUACAGAAACACGGGUGAAGAUAUGGUUCCAGAAUAGACGUGCACGUGAACGUCGUGAUCGUGAGGCUAACCAGAGGGGAGGACUCCUUUCCGCUAAGGCAGUAUCAACUGCAGUAGCUGUGACGUCAUCGCCUUGGUCCUUCCCAAUGUACCCAUCCCAUCCUGCUCUCGCUCAGUAUCGUGACGUCACACAGGCAAACUUGUCCGCAUUCACUCCUGUGACCAGCUCCACGUCCUGA